AUUCAAAAGCCGGCGCAGUGCCGACCAGAAGCUUUUGUGAAAUUAAACUGGAAGGUGAUCCGGGUUGGGAGACAUUUCGGUUCGACCUUCACGGCAGCAGCAUAUUAUAGUCUUCUUGUCAAAAGGAAUGCAUGAAGAAGAAGAAGAAGGAACUUCCUCGUGCUCUCACUCCACGUAACGAACCAUUUGGAAAACCCCAACGCAUGUUCAGGUGUAAUUCUCGUAAUUCUCUUCCAGCACAUUCAUCACCAGGACCUCCAACCUAUUUGCUCCUUUGUCCUACAAUUUCAUAAGUCGACUCCUUCCACUAGCAGAAAAUCGGGAAUGCAUAUUGUGCGCGUUCUUCUGAUCCUUCUCGCUUGGAGGCCAAGGCAGCAGACUGUGUCUUCGAAACCCUUACGUCGGAAGGCAGCAGAUCUCGAGAUGGAUGCCCCGCAAUUGAAGCGCCCGCCUCACAUUUUUAAAACUGAUAUUCAAGAGAGCCUCCAAUGGCGAAUGGAGAACUCUGCGGGGAAGCGACAGGCGAGGGAAGAAGUUCUCUUCGUCCAUAAACCAACUCCUGCGCCAACUUAUUAUACUGCGAAGCACAAGACAAGCAAGCGGUGCUCGGACGACUUCGACUGCAUGCGAGUCUUGGGCCAGGUGUGCAACAUCGAGAAGCAAGGCUCGACGGGAACCUGUCAGUGCCCCGACAGCACACCUGUUCAUGUAGUGGAGCACGACCAGCCAAGAUGUGUCUCUGCUCGCCUGAUCUUUGAGGACUGCGCGGACACCGCCGAAUGUGCGUUCCUCAACCCUUAUGUGGAAUGUGUGAACCAGAUCUGCACCUGCUCGCCACCGAACGUUAUGAAAAGGAAGGACCUGUGCAUCCCAGCUUCAGCAUCCAAUACUACUUCCCCGGCGGCCAACGUGUUCGCCAUACUUCUCAUGAGCAUCGGAGCUAUCGGAGGCAUUGUAGCUCUUGUGGCCAGUUUCAAUGCCACGUUUCGCUCUACCUCCACACCGCCCGGUUUCCCGGUCCCGUUCACGCCGAGACCCAGCACGGAAUUCUGGACCCCCGGACCGCACAGCCCGCUCCUCACCUCCACACCGCUCCGUGGCCACCUGGACGGUCGUGGCCAAUGGCCUGCCUGUGGCAUGGACGUCACGGUCCCGCUGGAGCAGCCAGCCCCGGCCGCUGCGGGGAGAAGACCCGUCACGGACUCCUGCCCCGUUCAGGGGUCUCACACUAACAGACAGGCACCCCUCGGACCCCCUCCAACCUCUGACCGCCGAGGAGAGGCGGAUUCUCUGUCCGCAAUGUUAAGUACCCGAGGUGCGCAUGGGGACCCACCGCAGAGGCGCCCUGCACCGAGCCCGCCUCGAAGCAACCCGCACAGUGUCCGACGUUGCCACCGCCAUCACUACAUUACGUCGCCUUCGUCCCGAACUGCUGGUGGAGUCCGCACCUGCCAGGCAGCCCACAACACAACCGGUUCCUCCGGUACCCGACGACGCCAUUCUCGACAUCACCGACGAUCUGAUGGCCCUUUAAGGGGGGAGGAGUGUGGUCGAGCACCACGAAGCUUUCUACACAAGCCCCUGGAUGGCGCUUCAGCAAGUGUCUCAACCUUGGCCUCCGAUAAGAGGGGCGUUGCUUCAAAGAUAAAAGGCAGGGUGCGACAGGGGAAGGGAGCUUUUUCAGGGAGAUGCUUGCCCUGGCGCGGUACACGUUGUGGCAGAGAAGGUGAAUAAACGAUGUUGUUGCAUUGAA